AUGUCUAGGAUUUUGAAUAGUACUCUUGUCUUCAACAAAGAAGGCUGGUUGCUUUUGCUUUGCUUACUUGCUCUGUCUCUUUUGGCGAUUUCUCUCGUCGUCUUCGUCUGUGGCGAUGACCUGAAUCCCCAUAAGUCUCGACAGCUUUGUAACGACCACAAAAAGUCUUGUGGAAACGUCUAUGGAGUCAAAAAGAAAUUGGGCUCCUCCGGUUUGAAGGCUUCUACUGUGUGCACAAUGAAGGCUUCUACCGUGUGCACAACGAAUCGUGGAAAUGUUGGAGUAAAUAAGAAAUCAGGGUCAUCCAGUUCUUCGAGUUCUUCCACAAUGUACACGAUGAAGUCUGCCACGUUUGUUGCUGCCUUUAGUCUCCGCAACAGCAGCGAAGGAGGCUAUAGUGGAUGCAACUGUGGCGGAGGAGGUGCAAGUGGCAGUAACUGCGGUGGAGGAGGAGGCGCAAGUGGCAGCAACUGCUGUGGAGGAGGUGCAAGUUAUUGUUAA